AUGGAAACUGAACUACCUACGCUUGGUGAUAUCCUAUUGAACACUGCCUCACCGCCAUGGACUUUGCACGCCUUCACGGCUCAUCUCAACCGGCACUGCUGUCUCGAGGCUCUUCAGUUCAUUCUCGACACCCAGCAUUAUGCUGCAUGCUACGAAGGCCUUGUCAGAAUCAACUCUGCGUCAUCCAGCAGUAGUAACUCGGUCGCUAAGCUGUGGCAAAAUCUAAUAAAGCUCUACAUCCUUCCCACUGGCCAGCGACAACUCAACAUAGCUGAAAAGGAGCGAGAGCAUCUACUGCAUCUCCCACCCGAACCUCCACCCAGUCCAUCCGAGCUUCACGAAGCUUGUCGAUGCGCAUAUGAUCUCCUGAAUGACUCAUUGACCGCGUUUUUCAGGACGUCGGAGCCGAUGCAGGACUCGGAGGAGACUCGGUCGCCGCCCGACCAGCAACCACAAUUGCAGGCUGCAGCGACAGACGAGCAUCAAGAUGGGUGGCUUUGUCAUCUGUUUGGAGCCUGUUUGAAGCGGUGUAAACGGGCAGUUGGCAAGUUUACCUCCAGAUGUCGAGAUGCCUGCUUACCGCUUCUUGGUACUGUACCGUGGCAGGUAACCCUCGGCCACACUUGA